AUGGUUAUUGCUCAUCAUAUAGUGAACAAAAUAGCUGUCUAUUUGGGAGAUGGUGAUGGGACUUUUAUAAGUCAAACCAUAUAUUCAACAGGUUCCUACUCUAGUCCUUACAUGGUCACAGUUGGUGAUUUCAACAAUGACUACCGAUUGGAUAUUGCAGUAGCCAAUUUUGGCAGUAACAACAUUGGCAUCUUUCAUGGAUUCGGAAAUGGAUCUUUCGCAAGUCAAACAGAGCUUUCAACAGACUCAUCUCGUCCGAUAGCAAUUAUUGCCGUUGAUUUCAAUAAUGACUCACUACUUGAUAUUGCCACCGCCAAUUACGGAACUCACAGUAUUAGUAUAUUCUAUGGCAACAACGAUGGAAACUUUUGGUCUCCAAUUAUGUAUUCAACAGGUUAUGAUUCUCUUCCAUCUUCAUUAGCAGCUGGAGAUUUUAAUAACGACAACUAUUUAGACCUCGCUAUCGCCAAUUAUGGUACGAAUAAUGUUGGCGUACUUUUUGGAAAUAGUAACAGAAGUUUUGAAAAGCAAAUCAUUUUUUCAACUGACUAUGGUUCUCAUCCAUACUCAAUCGCUGUUGGCGAUUUCAAUCACGACGCACUUCUCGAUAUCGCGGUCGCUAAUCAUGGAACUACCCAGAUAGGUGUGUUUUUAAGUAAUGGUAAUAAAACUUUCACAAAUCAAACCACCUACUCCAUUGAUUCUGCUUCUCCAUACUCAAUUGGUGUCGGCGACUUCAAUCAAGAUAAUCGACUAGAUUUAGUCGUCACCAACAACGGCACCAACAAUAUAGGUGUAUUUCUUGGCUAUGGAAACGGCGCAUUUGCAAAGCCAUUGACGUAUUCAACCGGAUCUUUUUCCUCGCUCUCAUUUGCCAUAGGUGAUUUCAACAAGGACCAUCGAUUAGACAUUAUCGUCGUUAACAAUGACACUGAUAGCAUAGAUAUUCUCCUUGGUUACUUCGAGGGCUUUUUAAAUCAAAGAACGUAUUUAACUGGCUUCAACCCUCUCUCUGUGAUUGUUGGUGAUUUCAACAACGAUGCCCAACUGGAUAUUGUUAUCACCAAUAGUGAUAACAAUACAGUGAGUGUUCUUCUAGGAUAUGGUAAUAGCUCAUUUACAAAUCAGAUGACGUAUUUAACUGGUACUUACCCAUACUGUGUAGCUGUUGGUGAUUUCAACAAUGACACCAAACUGGAUAUUGUUGUCACCAAUAGUGGUAACAAUACGGUGAGUAUCCUUCUUGGAUAUGGUAAUGGCUCUUUUGCAAAUCACAUGACGUAUGCAACUGGCUUUCAACCAUCGUCUGUAGCUGUUGAUGAUUUCAACAAUGAUAACCAACUGGAUAUUGUUGUCACAAAUACUGGUGAAGAUACGGUGAGUGUCCUUCUUGGAUAUGGUAAUAGCUCCUUUGCAAAUCAAAUGACGUAUUUAACUGGUGCUUACCCAUACUCUGUGGCUCUUGGUGAUUUCAAUAACGACACCCGACUGGAUAUUGUUGUCACCAAUAGUGGUGACAAUAUGGUUAGUAUCCUUCUUGGAUAUGGUAAUGGCUCUUUUGAAAAUCAGAGGACGUAUUUAACCGAGGCUUAUCCAUGCUCUGUAGCUGUCGGUGAUUUCAACAACGACGCCCGACUGGAUAUUGUUGUCGUCAAUCAGCAGAACGCUGAUGUGAGUGUUUUUCUUGGAUAUGGGGAUGGCUCUUUUGCAAACCAAGUGACGUAUUCAACUGGCUUUCGACCAUCCUCUGUAGUUGUUGGUGACUUCAACAAUGACACCCAACUAGAUAUUGUUGUCACCAAUAGUGGUAACAAUACGGUGAGUGUCCUUCUUGGAUAUGGGAAUGGCUCUUUUACAGAUCAAAUGAUGUAUGCAACUGGCUUGAAACCGCUUUCUGUAGCUGUUGGUGAUUUCAACAAUGAUACCCGACUGGAUAUUGUUGUUGCCAAUAGUGGUGACCAUAAUGCGAGUGUACUGCUUCAAUAUAACAGAGGAUCUCUCAAAAGCGAAAUCACCUACGCAUCUGGUGAUGGUUCUAGUCUACGAUGUGUUGCUGUCGGUGAUCUGAACAACGACACUCUACUAGAUAUCGUCGUUGCCAAUUACGGUACUAAUAAUGUAGGUGUCCUUCUUGGAUAUGGAAAUGGUACUUUCAGAAGUCAAAUGACGCUCAGUACUGGCUUGAAUUCUCACCCGGUGUCCGUCACCAUUUCUGACUUCAAUGGUGAUACUCAACUGGAUAUUGCUGUUGCUAAUUUUGGUAGGAAGAGUGUGGAAAUGCUUCUUGGAAAUGGGAAUGAAGCAUUCGCAAGUGAAAGAAGUUAUGAAAUUGAUUUCGGUUGCGCACCGUUAGUUGUCGCUUCUGGUGAUUUCAAUAAUGAUAGACGAUCAGAAAUUGUUGUUGCAUAUGAUGGCAGUGAUAAUGUGCAAAUACUUGUUGCAUACAACAAUAAAUCUUUCACGAAUAAAAUGGCGUAUUACACUGGCUCUAACCCACUGUCUGUAGUUGUUGCUGAUUUUAACAACGACACCCAACUGGAUAUUGUAGUCGUUAAUCAGGAGAACGAUAAUGUGAGAGUUCUUCUUGGACAUGGUGAUGGCUCUUUUGCAAAUAAAACGACAUACUCAACUGGCUCGAAUCCACUGUCUGCAGCUGUUGGUGAUUUCAACAACGACGCCCGACUGGAUAUUGUUGUCGUCAAUAAGGAGAACGAUGAUGUGAGUGUCCUUCUUGGAUAUGGCGACGGUUCAUUUACAGAUCAAAUGACGUAUUCAACUGGCUCGAAACCACUCUCUGUAGCUGUCGGUGAUUUUAACAGUGACGCUCGACUGGAUAUUGUUGUCACCAAUAGUGGUGGUAAUACGGUGAGUGUCCUUCUUGGAUAUGGCAAUGGCUCUUUUCCGAAUCAAAUGAUGUAUUCAACUGGCUUGUAUCCAUACUCUGUAGCUGUCGGUGAUUUCAACAACGACACUCAAUUGGAUAUCGUUGUCGCCAAUUAUCUUAACAAUAGUGUGAGUGUCCUUCUUGGAUAUGGUAAUGGGUCUUUUGCAGAUCAAAUGACGUCUUCAACUGGUGCUAAUCCAUGCUCUGUAGCCACCGGUAAUUUCAAUAACGAUACCCAACUAGAUAUUGUUGUCCCCAAUAGUGGUAACAAUACGGUGAGUAUCCUUCUUGGAUAUGGUAAUGGCUCUUUUGCAAAUCAAAUGACAUAUUUAACUGGCUACAAUCCAGUCUUUGUAGCUGUCGGUGAUUUCAACGACGAUGCCCAACUGGAUAUUGCCGUCACCAAUUAUGAUAGCGAUAGUGUAAGUGUCCUUCUUGGAUAUGGGAACGGCUCUUUUGCACAUCAAAAGGCGUAUUCCACUGCCUCUCGACCAUCCUCUUUAGCUGUUGGCGAUUUCAACAAUGACACCCAACUGGAUAUUGUCGUCACCAAUUCUGGUAGCAGCGAGGCGAGCAUACUUCUUGGAUACUCUAAUGAAGUUUUACUAAACCAAACGAUGCUCACAAGUGGCAACAAUUCUCGGCCAAGAGCGCUUGUCAUUGGCGACUUUAACAAUGAUGAUCGCAUGGAUAUUGGUGUUGCUGAUUCAGGCACCAACAGUAUUGGUAUUUUUCUCGGAUUGGGUAAUCUCGCUUUUGAAAAUACAAUUACUUAUGCAACUGGCUAUUCUCCAUGGUCUCUAGCUGCUGGUGAUUUCAACAACGACACUCGACUCGAUAUCGUUGUCGCCGAUAAUGAGAACAAUGAAGUGAAUAUCCUGCUUGGAAAUGGUAAUGGCUCUUUUGUAAAUGAAAUGAGAUAUUCAACUGGCCCGUUUUCUUCUCCACACUCUGUAGCUGUUGGUGAUUUUGAUAACGACAACAUCCUGGAUAUAGUCAUCGCUAGUUAUGGUACCAAUGAGCUCGGUGUGCUGCAUGGACAUGGCAAUGGCACGUUUUCAAGCCUGAUCUUAAUUUCAGUAAAUUACGGAUCCCAUCCAUCCUCUGUUGUUGUUGGUGAUUUCAAUAAUGACAAAAAACUAGAUUUUGCAGUGGCUAAUGAUGACACUGACAGUUUAAGUAUUAUGUUACAGAGUUGUUAG